UCCUCGGUAAUGAGCAGAUUUUCUCGGAGAGAGCGACAUAUACAGGGAGAGGGAGCACUCCGGAGAUCCAGCCAUAGGAUAAGAAAGAAUUGUGGGAGCAAGGCAGGGAGGUCGUGCGUCAGCAGCCGCUUCUCCACAGGGAAACAUGAUGAUCAGGAGAUGCUGAGGAGGGCAAUAGCAAAACAGGAUCAUAUAGAUGGAUGUUAUCUCAUCAAGCAGGCACGCUGAAAGCAACCCACGCACAGGAUAAACCACUUAUGGACGCAGUGGAUUAAAGAUCUACGCAACAGACUAAGAAAGAGGGACAGCAGGAACACAGGAGAAGAUAUUCGUUUGUAUCUAUUGUCGUGUACGCAUUUGCAGCCAGUGUGUGUGUGUGUGUGUGUGAGUGUGUGUGUGAGAAAGGCAGGAGACCGCAUUGCUGUUUUCCGUAACCACACAGCAGACCAAAAGCAGCCUGGUAUACUUGUUUUAUUUAUGUUUGUCCCUCCUUUUUGUGUCCCAUGUCUUUGCGUGUGCACUUUGUGUUGGUGUGUGUGUGUGUGUGAGGCUAGAAGUGAGCGACACAUAGACUUCAAAAAGUGCAAUUGAAGACAAAUGUAAAUUCUUCUGGAUUGAUCAUGUUUCAUGUCGGGGGUCUCAGUCCUAAAGGUGGAAGCCUGAGCCUGCAUGUUUGAAAAACUGCCGUUUGGGAGUCUUCUUGAGGAGGAGGAGGAGGAGGAGGAGGGAUCGCAGAGGGCUGAAAGGCGGAAAUGAGCGGUAUGGACGGUGUGGACGGGCCCUUUGUGGACUGUUGUGGCGUCCACCAAGUUUCAUCUCUUGCUCUGAGAGAAUAAUGGCAGUGCUGGCACCGCCUUCCUCUUUUCUCACCUGCACCUGAUGCAGAGUUGCAAGCGGGUGCUAGAAAGAGUGCACCAGGAGGAUGGUGUGAACCGCCCGCCAGGAGACUCGUGACACCGACGUGCCGGGCCAUCUUGUUUCUGACAAAGCUGAGAGUAUCAGAGCUCAGAAGCUGAUGUUGAACUGAGUGGGAGUUGUCUCCCUCCCACUCACUACUCCCUCUUCUUCUUCUCCUCGCUCGGCCUCCUCCUCAAACCUUGGACUGAUCCUAGCACCAACCUGUCCUCCUCCUUUCUCCCUGUCUUUUCUUUUUCUUUUCUUUUUGUUUUUGUCGAGGCUUCAGGGGAUUUGCCAAGACCUGUUUCAUGCAUGUCCACUGGAGGCAGAUUCAACUUUGACGAUGGGGGGUCAUACUGCGGAGGGUGGGAGGAUGGCAAGGCGCACGGCCACGGGAUAUGCACGGGACCCAAGGGACAGGGGGAGUACUGUGGGUCCUGGGCCCACGGCUUUGAGCUGUUGGGCGUCUACACCUGGCCCAGCGGGAACACUUACCAGGGCACCUGGGGACAGGGCAAGAGACACGGCGUGGGCGUGGAGAACAAGGGCAGAUGGGUCUACAAAGGGGAGUGGACACACGGCUUUAAGGGACGCUAUGGCGUACGGGAGAGCACCGGGAUGAGCGGGAAGUACGAGGGGACUUGGAACAAUGGGCUGCAGGACGGAUACGGCACUGAGACGUACUCUGAUGGAGGCACAUUUCAGGGCCAGUGGGUUGGCGGGAUGCGGCACGGCUACGGUGUUCGCCAAAGUGUCCCCUACGGCAUGGCGGCGGUCAUCCGCUCCCCUCUCCGUACAUCCAUCAACUCCCUCCGUUCCAGCUCGGAACAUAGCAACGGUACAGCGCUCCUCGACCGGACUAGCGUGGCUGUUCCUGGUCCUCCCCCAGUUCCCGGCACCCUGUCCACCAGCGUCUCCAUGUGCAGCACUGGAAGCAGCGGCAGCAGCCCCGCCGUGUCUCGAGGAGGCUUCGUCCUGACGGCACACAGUGAAGCUGAGCUUCUAAAGGGAAAGAGAAAGAGUGGGCUGUUCAGGAGGUCUAUUCUGUCCGGGCUGAAGCUGAGGAAAUCGGAGUCCAGGAGCUCUCUGGCCUCCCAGAGGUCUAAACAGAGCUCCUUCCGCAGCGAGGCAGGGAUGAGUACUGUGUCUUCAGCUGCAUCUGACAUCAACUCUACUAUCAGUCUUGGAGAUGCAGAUGCAGAGUUGGCAGUGGCUGAUGAUGACGUUGACGCCACAGCGACGGAGACCUACUGCGGGGAGUGGAAGAACGACAAGAGGACUGGAUUCGGAGUGAGCCGGAGGUCUGAUGGUCUACAGUAUGAGGGGGAGUGGCUCAGCAACAAACGCCACGGCUAUGGCUGCACCGCUUUCCCCGAUGGUACUAAAGAGGAGGGGAAGUACAAGCAGAACAUCCUAGUGAGUGGCAAGAGGAAGAACCUGAUCCCUCUCCGGGCCAGUAAGAUCCGAGAGAAGGUCGACCGAGCUGUGGAAGGAGCACAGAAGACAGCAGACAUCGCUCGACAGAAAGCUGAAAUCGCCCUGUCCAGGACGGCUCAUGCGCAGGGUAAAGCAGAGGCAGCAGUUGGAGCGGCUCAGAAAGCUCAGGGGGAGAGUCGCGUGGCCAGAGUCACCGCCAAGCAGUUCUCCCCUUCGUUCCAGCAUCCCGGAAAUGGCAUGGAGGUGCAGCGUCCAAAAUGUCAAGUGUCGAGCGAGGUGGAGGGUGAGGGCUUGUCGAGUAGCGCUGGAACCGCAGACAGCCCCGACCUCUACGUGAAGAGCACGGGCUCAGAUGACCCCUCCAACGCCACACCAGAUCUAAGUCCCUCUUCUUCCUCCCCUCAACACACCCCUCCUCCCCCCAUCAGGCCAUCCCAGCGCAGCAGAAGUGCUCGCUUCCACCGGCAGAGCGCUGUUGACCACGGAGACCGAGGGAAGGAGGGAGGAGAACGAGGGGAAAAGGGGGGAUCCAGAGGGCAGACGGAAAUCCAGGUGUUGAUAGAGCGAGGCGGCAGAGAGGGCGAGGGUGCGGGGAAGGUGGAGUACAUGAGGGCCAAAAGCUAUAGUGAGGAAAAAAAGAAAGGGAUGUUGCACAAAGCAGCAGGAGGAGGAGUCACGGGGCAAGGAGUUGGCAGGACCAAUGGACACAAACACGGCUCCUCCAAUCACAAGUCUCGGGGCCACGGCUCAUCCAAUCAUAAACAAGCCAGAGGAGACAGAUGGACAGAGACGUCCCCUUCUGCCUCUUGGACGUCUGGGCAGCGGGGGGCGCACAGCAGGGGAGGACGGCUCCUCGAGCAGGAUGAAGAGAAAAUUAGCAACUAUGAAAUGGAGAUGAAGCCUUUACAGCCCAGAGACUCCACUACCCACAAGCCCCAUGGGCACGGGGAGGAGAAGCACGGGGAGGGGGGCUCACACACCUUGCAAAGACAGAGGCAUAAGAGAGAGGGGAAAGAAGGGAGGGAAAGUAAAGACCAGCUGGAGAGCGGACCCCUGGGAGAGAAGAUGGAUUCUCGGCCUAUACGACGGGACCUGACCCUCUCCCCCCCUCUUAAGUCCUCCCCCAUCGCAUCAGAGCAGCAGGACCACAGACUCACACAGAGCAAAGGCCACUCAGCCUACAGCGCCAUCCUGGUCGCCAUGGUGAUUCUGCUCAACAUCGGAGUGGCUAUUUUGUUUAUCCACUUUUUUAUUUAACAACAGCUUUGCUUUUUGGAAAGACUCUGGCUACGACUAUAAAUGUUAUCACAAGGGACCUGCUGCCCCUUUGUGUUCGUCGGGGACUGCAGCCGCCUGGAGGGGAGAUCGAGGGCUACAAUGCAUUUUUGUCCCCUGGCCCCGCAAAAAAAAUCGGGCUUCAGUUGGCUAAUGUGCAAGUGUGUUCACAUGUGCGGUACAUACAGUAGCACGAUGACAUGGAUGUAAGAAGGUGACUGGACUGCAUUAGAAACUGGACUAAAGUGAGCCAAUUCCUAGGCCAUUGUGGCAAGUAAUGCCUGCUUCCACUGUCUGGACACAAAACUUUUUUUCAUCUUCAAAUCAUAGUUUUCAACAGAUUUCUAACUCAUUGCUUUAUUUCUCUCACGUAUAAGUUGAUGGCGAUAUUAUUUAUUUUGUAAACCUUACAUGAUGCUAGCUUUUUGGUUCUUCCUUUUGCUGAGCUGUUCUUCUUUUUCUGAUGAUGAUGUGUUGCGUUCGUCCGUGUCAGGAGAGACAAAAGAUGCAGGAGAGCUAACCUUGGCAUACACCAACACAUAUGCACACACUAUUUGCUUGUUUCCCCAUCCCACCCUUCAUUCCGCACCACUCGUGUGUGAGUAAAGUGCAUGACGAUGUGCCUCCGCAAAGCAGGGAGCACAGAGACAAGCAUCUCAUGACAAGCGCUCACUACUCAUCCACACCCAGCCUACCACCGUCCUCUCUCCCCGUCUCUCCCUCCUACUCUUUCCCACCUCCACACACACACACCGGUCGGUGAGCUGUGCUUCCUCUGAGUUGGUGGUAAUUUAGGACAAAUCAUCCUUGGCAAAGCCCAACUCCUGCUGCCUGCUGUGCAACUUGGCAGAGGCUUUUAGAGACAUCAUUUUCAAGUGUAUGUAGGAUUGUGGACUUGGGAUACAAAAAAACAUUUUUUUUUUCCAACUGAAUUGAGCUUAACGACAACUUUUGUUAGGGUUCACCCCCCAAAAAAAACUGCCUUGGUUUUGUUGUAGAGACAACCAUGAUAACUGGUUCAUUUAUAAAUUGAUAGUUGAUUAAAUUUCCAACAUCUUGACGCAUUUGAGACAAAAAUGGAGGGCUCUUCUUGACUGUAACCAGCAGAGGUUCUGUCAAUUCAUCUUCAACUGGUUUGUCGUCAGUUCUAGUUAUACCCAACCACUUAGUGCAGGGAUAUUAAACUAAAUUCUUUUUGGACCACAAUUACCGUAUUUUUCGGACUAUAAAUCGCAGUUUUUUUCAUAGUUUGGCCAGGGUUGCGACUUAUACUCAGGAGUGACUUAUGUGUGAAAUUAUUAACACAUUACCAUAAAAUAUCAAAUAAUAUUAUUUAGCUCAUUCACGUAAGAGACUAAAAACGCAUAAGAUUUCAUGGGAUUUAGCAAUUAGGAGUGACAGAUUGUUUGGUAAACGUAUAGCAUGUUCUUAAUGUUUUAGUUGUUUGAAUGACUUGCCAUAAUAUGUUACGUUAACAUACCAGGCACCUUCUCAGUUGGUUAUUUAUGCGUCAUAUAACGUACACUUAUUCAGCCUGUUGUUCACUAUUCUUUAUUUAUUUUAAAUUUCUUUUCAGAUGUCUAUUCUUGGAGUUGGAUUUUAUCAAAAAAAUUUCCCCCAAAAAUGCGACUUAUACUCCAGUGCGACUUAUAUAUGUUUUUUCCCUUCUUUACUAGGCAUUUUCGACAGGUGCGACUCAUACUCUGGAGCGACAUAUACUCCGAAAAAUACGGUACAGAAAUCGAUCACAAUUAGUCUUAUUUUGUAUAUUACGUACAUUAAUCAUCCUCUCCAGUAGACGUUUAAUUUUGGUCUAUUUAUUUUGUUACAGUUACAGGAGCGCUCUGUUGUUUUUAGAAAUCUUCUACAAAAAUGUGAGUCUUUGUGACUUUGUUUGAACUAAACUCGCCAGCCACCAGUUGAAUAUUUGAGAUCGGUAGGUCGUAACUUCAAACCCCGGCCGAGUCAUACCAAAGACUAUAAAAAAUGGGACCCAUUACCUCCCUUGCUUGGCACUCAACAUCAAGGGUUGGAAUUGGGGGUUAAAUCACCAAAAUGAUUCCCGAGCAAGGCCACCGCGGCUGCUCACUGCUCCCCUCACCUCCCAGGGGGUGAAACAAGGGGAUGGGUCAAAUGCAGAGGGUUAUUUCACCAGACCUAGUGUGUGUGUGAGACUAUCAGUGGUACUUUAUCUUUAAUAGCCCGAGUGAUGGGAAAAAAAGGUCCUAAAAACUGAACUUUAAGGAACACCACUAGUAUAAUUAAAGAAGUUGGACAAUAGACUACUGACAGCAUCUGAAGUAAACAAGCUACAGCAACACCACAAAAGGGGUCAUAUUAUGUUUUGUUUGUUUUUUUUCUACAUUCAAAACAUCUCUUAGGGGUCUACAUAACAUGUAAUGGUGUUUUUUUGGUCCACAUUUGGUAUAGAUUAUGUUUUACAGACCAUCCUAUAGCAGCUUUUUGACGGUCUAUUCAGAAUACACCGUUUUAUGGGUGGUCUUAUUUAUUUAUUUACAUAUAUAUAUAUAUAUAUUAUUCAUUUCAGCCAUACCUCCAUGGUUUGGAUUUAAAAAAUGGGAGUUAUGAGGAUCCCAAAUAUACAAAAACAGGUAAGAAAAGGUUCUUUUGUAAAAUAUUAGAAUCAGCUUAUUCGACCAAGAACGUUCAACACACAAGACAUUUGACUUGGUGGACUGUGCUGACCCAUUUCCUUACAUAAAUCACUCUACCAAUAAAAAUUGUCACUGCCAAAAAGGAGAGGACUUAAAGGUUUGACUUGAGGAAGACCUCAGUUAUGUAAAUCACACGUUUGGACCCCAGUGAUCUAUGUUUGCUAGCAAAGUUAAAAUGUCAAUGCAAGGAUCUACCAGUGUCUUUAUAGUGGCCAAAGUUCCUCUAUACAACAGGAGCACUGGAAUGUUUUUAGGAAUUUGCUACACAAAUGUUUGUCUCUCAAGUUUUGAGCUGAACUCGGCUGUAUGUGUCAUUCCCGGGCCACCAGUAGAGUAGCCCUGCGUUAGUGUGUUGUGUGUGGGGGGUCAUCAGGUUUGCCUCUUCACCUAAUUGGUCCCAAAAUGCUGAUUAAUUUCCGAUAAAUAAUGUAUCUUUGUCUUCUGUCCAUGCCAAUGACGUAUAGUGACAGGCCGGACUUUUAAAUGCUCUUCCACUGAAUGGCAUGAGGUAAUUAACCUGUACAUCACGGCAUGUAGACUUUGGUUUUUGGUGACUUUUUUGUUCGGUUGUGUGCCGUGGGAUUUUUUCUAAUGUCAAAUAUGUGCCUUGGCUCUCAGUUGAGGUUAGGAAACACUGAGUUAGAGGAAGUUGAACACAAUUGCACACCUUCUCUGGGCAGCGUUAAUCUGCUCAGUAUGACACUUUCAUUGAAACAGGUGUUCAGAAUGGUAAUUCUGUUAAAAAUAUCUCGUUUUUUUCUCAAUGAAUAAAUUGACUCAAAUGGUAGCACUUUAGUAUGGGGAACAUAUUCUCCAUGAAUUGGUUUCUUAUUAACAUGCAAAUUAGGAACAUAUUGUCUCGUAAUUAGUCAUUAUUAAGUACUUAGUAAUGCCUUAUUCUGCAUGGCCCUAACCCUAACCAAAUAAAUCUUUGUUACUUACAAAAUGUUCCCCUAGUGUCCAAAUAACUCUUAAUUAAGUCUUUGUUACUUAGAAUAUGUUCCCCAUACUUAAGUGUUACCACUCAAAUUAAUGGUUUAAGUCCAAUGCAUGCAAGCUAACUCCAGAGUCCGAGUUUGUUAGUGGCAGUGUCUCACAGAAAGUCUGUUAAGUACAUAACAAAAUGCAAAGAGGUGAUCGAAACGCACUUUACAUGCUAUGCUUUUUAGGCGUUGAAGUCCGAGCAGGGCUCGAUAACAAUACAAGCAGACUGUAUUGCACUACAAUACUGUGCACAUGUCUUAGAUUACAAUUAGAUUGAUACUAUAUUGACCAUAUAGCAUAAAUGAAUGGAGGUUAACAAACAGAUAACCAUUAAGACUGCGGGUUAGACAUUCUUGUAUAUUUACCUUCUAUCAAUAUCCUCAUCAAAAAAGGUCCAAACACAGCCUCUACAAAGUUUACUCAAAAUGACUGCCAGUCGUCGCCCAAUAAUUUUGGACUCUAUACUGUAGUGUGGUCAAUGGUGCGCGUCUGUUUUGUCGUACAAAACAUUGGCUAGGUUAAAAGUCUUCUUCCUCUGUAGCCUCAAUGACUGACACCGGUUGUCACUCUGCGUAGCUUCUAUGAUUGCAUAUACUGGAUUUGUCAUUGUGUGUCUCAAAAAGCCCAUCUGGCAGACCAACCUCUGUAUCUGUUUGCAUGCUUCUCCAUGAAAGUUCAUUGAGGUGUGUGUGUGUGUUUGUGUGUGUGUGUGUGUGUGUGUGUGCGCAUGUGUUCUUGUAUUUCUACCCUUCUUGAGACAUCAACAAGGAAAAGUAACUUCCAUAUGAGGACCGGUGAACAAGUUAGGACAUAAAUCUUGAUCCCAAUACGAAAAACUAUUGCAUCUAAUAGAGAAUGUCUCAUUGGGUGGUGAAAGCUAUCAAAAUUAGGGUGGUCCCAAAAAGGAGGGAUUUUUUAAAACUGACUGUGUGUCGGUUCUAAAAGUCCUCCCCCUCUGGUCAACAUAUGACAUAAUAAGUGUGUGUAAAAAUUCGAAGUGCUCUCCUUCUGGCCAACACAUGUAAUAACAAGUGUGUGUAAGAAAUUGAAAUGCGCUCUCCUUCGGCCAAAAUUAAUUGAAAAAAUUAAAUAAAUCUUUAUAUAGAGACAUACUGUAAUAACUUGAAGUAAAUAAUUAUGAUUAAAAACCAAUUACAAACCAAAAAUUCAAACAAAAAUCAAUAACGAAAAGCAGUCUUUUUCUCAAAAUGUGUCAACUUUUUUCUUACUAAAUUGGGAACAAUUUCUGAAAUUCUUUCUGUUUCUUUAAUAUUGUAAUAUUUUCUCAUGAUAUCAUUACUUUUUUAUAUAAAAGUAUUACUUUUUAAUAUAAAAUGGUGACAUUUGUCAUAAAAUUCUGACUUAUCACAAUAUUGCCAAUUUUGUUGUUCUUGUAAAAUAGUGAAAUUCUUUUGAGUAACAUUAUAACUUUUGUCACAAUUUUGCCAAGUAAAAUUCCGAUUAUUGUUAUAAUAUUACCAACGUUUUUAAGUUUUCUUAUGAAAUUGUAACUUUUGUCAAGCAAAAUUACAACUAUUUUUAUAAAAUUGCCCAAAUAUUAAGCUUUUCUAGUAAAAUUGCGGCUGUUAUUGAGUACAAUUCCAACUUUUAUCAUAAUAUUUCACAAAUGACUUGCAUUGAGUUUAAUUACGACUUUUAUUAUUAUAUCAGAGGUAGGCAUUUUCUGGAGGUCUCAAAAAGGUAACAAAUACAAUAACGUGUGUGUGUGUGUGUGUGUGUGUGUGUGUGUGUGUGUGUGUGUGUGUGUGUGUGUGUGCAGCAACUUAAGGAAACAACAGUGAGCUGCUGUUGUAUUUCUGUGUGACAGCAUUUUUCCAAACUUAGUUGUGGUCUCAAUUCUGUCAAAUCCUCCAUCUUUCAUUUGUUGAAACCCAGGAGGCAAAACAACAUCAUUUCAUUCAGUUGGGUCCUAGACUGAAAAAGGUGCAAGAGGUUGCUCUUUGUCGUCAGUCUGGUGACGAUGCACCCUUUACACUGCAGCAUGCUACAGCAUGCCAAGCUCUCUUUAUAGUUUGAGCCCUUCCUUCUAACCUUCCCCCUUUUUUUCUUUUUUUCUUGAAAUUACUCUAUUUUGGUUUUGUUUCAUGUGGAGAAAUUAAUUAAAGUGUUUAAAGUAAAAUGACUAUUUGCAACUUCUU